AUGUCGGAUAGGCCCCAAAGUCCUGAGUGCCAGACCAGACCCUAUGACUACAGCCGACACAACGCAUACAGUCAGGUUUGUGGUCAUGAAGGUUUGGGCAACCCUUCAUCAUCGUUCCAGUUUCCUCAUGGCGUUUUGCCGGACCCCAGCCUGCUUUACAGCAAACCUGCUUAUGGAGGCAUCACGGCCGCAUCCGCGCAGGCCUUUAUGCAGUUCCCACCCGCCACCGGGAACUACAGGGACUCUGACAUGCAGACUGGAGACUUCGGACAACGGAAACAUUGGUAUCCCUUCGCUGCGCACGAGUACACCGGCCAUGUACCCGGCGUGACCGCAGCCACUCAGCCCACAAAUCUGAGCCCCCCCAUAGCUGAGACCCGGGAGCAAAUAAAGCUGCCCGAGAUCAAGACCGAGAUGGACACCGGAGAGGAGUAUUCAACCGAGAUGAAGGUCCAACAGUACCCGAUACCGCCGGCUUCCACGGGCACCCACCGCCACCACCACCACCAUGGCGUCUUCUGCUCUGCGGCCUGGAACCCGUCCUUCUGGCCCGGGAUCCCCCACAUCAAUCUGCCUGGUACAAGUACUCAAAACCCAACGGGACUGUCCGCAUCGCCACCAUCUAUGUCCCCUUCUCCCCCCAUCAACGGGGCUCCGCGGAACGCGUUUUUCAGCGUGAACUCCGCGCAGGCUGCGGCCGAGCCGCAGGCUCAGAACCCGGCCUCCAACACGCGGAGCAGCGGCUCCUCCAGCGGGGGCUGCAGCGACUCUGAGGAGGAGAACCUUUCCACUGAAGAACUGGAGCAGUUUGCCAAGGAGCUGAAACACAAACGGAUAACUCUGGGUUUCACUCAGGCAGAUGUUGGCCUUGCACUGGGUAAACUGUAUGGUAAGAUGUUCAGCCAGACCACCAUUUGCCGUUUUGAAGCUCUGCAGCUAAGCUUUAAGAACAUGUGCAAGCUGAAGCCCCUUCUUCAGAGAUGGCUGGUGGAGGCAGAGACCUCAGAAAAUCCUCAAGAUAUGUACAAGGUAGAGCGAGUAUUUGUCGACACCAGAAAAAGGAAAAGGAGGACCAGCCUGGAGGGAGCGGUGCGCGCCGCCCUGGAGUCCUUCUUCAUCAACUGUCCCAAACCGAACACUCAGAAAAUCAUACAAAUUGCGAAUGAGUUGGGCUUGGAAAGAGAUGUGGUGCGCGUUUGGUUCUGCAAUCGGAGGCAGAAGGGGAAGCGCUUGGCUCUGCCGAUGGACGAGGAGUGUGACGGUCAGUAUUACGAGCAGAGCCCUUCACCGCUAAACAUGGCGGCCUCCCCUGUUCCCAGUCAAGGCUACCCAUCCUCCAGCUACACAGGAGCGCCUCCUCCCAUGCUCUACAUGCCGCCGCUUCACAGGCCGGAUGUCCUGAAACAAGCCAUGCACUCUGGACUGGUCAGCCACCUGACGGGAUAA